AUGCCGGAGAUGACCCCAUCCAGCUUCUCCCAGAUUUCGAAUUUUGUAUAUAACCAGCAACCCCUUCUUCCUGAAACCUCCCAGUCAGUGCAGAAGCUGGAAUCGACAAAGGAGGAAGGCCCAUCUUCCUCAAGCUGGGAGGAAUAUAUAAAAGCAGAUGGCCCAGCCCGUGACCGAACUCCCUCCAACCAGUUGCUAACGCGUGGGCUUGAAGCCCAGAAUGAGCAACUUCAGCUGAACCAGGAGCGGCUGUCCCCUUCUUAUACUAUAAAGGCCGAUCAUGAACACAUUCCCCAAAGUCAAUCGAGUGUGACCCCUGGGAACAACCCGAAAAACAAUGCGGCUUCAGCACCAGACACCAUCGACCCAAGACUGUUCGGUGCCAACUACGACGCGCGAACAUUCGCCAAGAAGUCCCCUUGA